CCGUGUCUCCCGUGCAGGCGGUGGCUCUCAGCCCGCACCUCCUGCGGCCGGUGCCCGUUGUGGUUUGCACGGCGGGCCGGUCCCUCUCCCGCCGCACGGCACGGUACGGCACGGUACGGUACCGGGACUGUGCUGCCCCUUCUCUUCCGAGCCGGGUACCGGCAGCCGAGCCACCGUGCGGGCUGCAGACGGUGUACCCUCGGCAGCCGCGUCCUUUAGCGUGGUGGCGAGGCUUGCCAAAGAGCAAUCCUUCCUCCCGGAGCUCAGCUGGCUCCUUCAGGAGUGGUCGGUGUUAUCAGGGUACAGCUGCCCUUGCUCAGGGCUCUGGAAGCGAGGGGCAGGCGCUCUCGGGGGCUACGGUUAGGUUAGCGCAGACGGAGAAGGGAAAAGGAAAAGCAGCCGGAGGACGUUACCCAUCACGGACAUGGGCAGCAGAGCUGGCAUCGAGUCACCCGUGUGGGAGCGGGAAGGCCCGUCUGGGCAUCUAGAUGACGAUGGGUUGCCACAUGGAUUCUGUACAGUCACCUAUUCAUCGACAGACAGAUUUGAGGGAAACUUUGUGCAUGGAGAGAAAAAUGGCCGUGGCAAGUUCUUCUUUUUUGAUGGAAGCACCCUGGAAGGGUACUAUGUUGAUGAUGCCCUGCAAGGCCAGGGAAUCUACACUUAUGAGGAUGGAGUGGUCCUUCAUGGCACGUAUGUGGAUGGAGAGCUGAAUGGACCGGCCCAGGAGUAUGACAGUGAUGGGCGGCUGAUAUUCAAAGGCCAGUAUAAAGACAACAUUCGACAUGGAGUUUGUUGGAUUUAUUACCCGGAUGGAGGCAGCCUCGUGGGAGAAGUGAACGAAGAAGGGGAGAUGACUGGAGAGAAAAUAGCCUAUGUGUACCCUGAUGGAAAGACUGCGUAUUCUGGAAGGUUCAUAGAUGGAGAAAUGAUAGAAGCAAAACUGGCAACUCUGACAUCUGUAGAGGAUGGGAAACCUCAGUUUGAAGUAGUACCAGGCAGCCCAGUAUACAGUUUUGACAAAUCUACUUCAUCCUGCAUUUCUACAAAUGCACUUCUUCCUGAUCCUUACGAGUCAGAGAGGGUGUAUGUCGAUGUCUCUCUCAUUUCCAGUGCUGGAGAAGGGUUAUUUUCGAAAAUAGCAGCAGAAGCCAGUACAGUUAUGUCCUUUUACAACGGAGUGCGAAUUACACACCAGGAGGUAGACAGCAGAGACUGGGCCCUCAAUGGAAAUACAAUAUCCCUGGAUGAUGAAACAGUCAUAGACGUGCCAGAGCCCUACAACCACGCCGCCAAGUACUGUGCCUCGCUGGGGCAUAAGGCCAACCAUUCUUUCACUCCCAACUGCAUCUAUGACCCGUUUGUUCAUCCUCGUUUUGGGCCUAUCAAGUGUAUCCGUACCAUCAGGGCUGUGGAGAAGGAUGAAGAGUUAACAGUGGCUUACGGGUACGAUCACAACCCCGUUGGGCAAAACGGGCCAGAAGCACCGGAGUGGUACCAGCUGGAACUGAAAGCUUUCCAGGCUGCCCAGCGAAAGUGAAAUGGGAGCUCCUUCUCCGUUCAGCAAACUGAAAUAGAAACUUGGAUCUAUGCACUACCUUUAUACUGAAAACUGGACAACCAGGGAUUGUUCAUGCUGUUGCAUCAUAACUUUGCAUUCUGUGUUAAGAGAUAAGUUUCUUGCAUACUAACUAGGUUUGACUGUGUUACUCAUAGCAGAUUUAAAAUUAGCUAUCGUUGCACCAGUCUUAUCUGGAGAAAUUAUUUAAUAUUCUAUACGAGACGUGAUAUUCUUUGGUAGCUUCUGCUUUUGCACCAUAUGCAAAGAUGCCAAAAGACUAGACAGAAAACUAAAAUGGGUAUAUCGUUCACUUUUAGUCGGCAGACUUAGUGUUGCUCUCUAUCUGCCUAGGCAUUAUUGUGCAACUGCAUUUUGCAUAUAUGCCACUUGUGAUGAUAACAGUAAUAUUUUGAUAUUCUCUAAUAGUAGCAUAAUUUUGCCUUUUUAAACCUUUGAUCUGAAUCUUGCAAUAGAGCAGUUUAUUUAUUAGCAUAUAGGAGGCUGGGUUUUAACUCCCCUUUCCUCUUGUCUGAACGUUGUUCUUUCUACAAAUCCUCUUUUGCAGGAGAAAAUCCUUUCUAACUAGUGGAAAGGCUUGUGUGUGUAUGUGAGAGUGCUGUGUGUUGGUCUCUGUGGCUCUCUAAAUAGUAUAGCAACAUGUCCAAACCUAAUAUUUAUCUAGCCUUUAUGGCUGGCUUAUUUUAUUUAAUUUAUGAUUAUGACACGCAAAUGAAGCCGUUCUUUGCAUGAAGAUUUUCUGAAAGGAGAAAACGGAUUCACUUUUUGAAGGACUUACAGAAGUACAUGUUGUUGAAGGCAAGCACUUUACUUGCAUUAGUGUUCGUGAGCUGGUUUGUGUAUUUCACCUGUUAAAGCGGCCUGUUCUCAAGGCAAAAGUGCUAGCAAUGAGAUGCUUGCAUCUCACAUGAAUUCUUUUAAAGGAGGUGUAUGUAUUUGAGGGCAGGCUGUAGUACUUGGUUAAGGAGAGCUGUAUCUUUUGUAUGUGUUCAGUUGACAAAGAAUAUAGCCUUGUAGUCGUCUUUUAGUAGUACUGGUUUAAGACAAUAAAUUAAUAUAGUAUGAGAUAUCAAAAUAAGAAUUAAAAAAAAAAAGAUACGAAAAGAUUGUUUUUGAAAGACAAACAAUGAAUGUAAAAACAUCUCUCACUGCUCAUAUUUAGAAACAACAGUCAAUCCAUAGCUUUGUUGCAGCCAACAGUGGGGGCUUGUGAAUAUUCAUCUGCAGGGCUGUGUUCUGGGGUUUUUCAGGGGUAGGGAAAUUGUUGUGCAUUUUUUUCAGAUACUGUACUGGUCUUGCCUAAUGCUGUAUAAGAGAGAAAUAAUGUAUCAUCUCAGUCUGGAUACUGGAGCCCUUCUGGGACUCUGAAGCUCUCUUUUGGGUUUAGCAGCUUAGGAAAAACUCAAAUGCAUUUACAACACUUUCUUUAAAUGUUUGUAGUUUAGAAAAGUUUGUAUAUAUGUAACAUAAAUGAUUUGGAAAUCAGACCUACCUUUCUAUUGCAACACAUUUUGGUCGGUUGCUUGAACGGUUGGAGGUGUCUGGCUGUCUGCAGAGCUGGACACGGAGAGUAUGUUGGGUUGGUACCUGCAAGUGGAAGGAUGAGGUUGCUGUUUUGUGCAGUCUGAGAACCCUUGCUUUGGUACCUGUACAAAGUUAGGAAUUAUUAAUAAGAACCUCUCUAACGUGGGGCUCUGUUUAGUCCCUGUGACUGGUCACAAACCUUUUCCAGCACCUCACCAUUUAAGCUCGCACAAAAGCUACUCUGUGCAUGUGCUGGGCGGGGGACAAGCAGGCUCAGGGCUUUUUUGACACUUCCAGCGGUGAUCUGAAUGUGAGCUUUGACAUCACCCAUCUCCUCACGCUGGAGACUCAGGCCACAGCUCCGCUUCUCAUCCAAGGCAGGUGGCUGGCAGAGGUGACAGCUCAGGGACUCGGCUGAGUAUGCAGAGACAGAACUGAGCCUCACAGGUGAGGGAGAGUCAUCAAAGGCUGAUUGGCAGCACAGCUUCAGCAAAUGAACCUCAAAAAGAAACAUGCAUGUCUUGAUCUUUCCCUCCCUGCCCACAGGUCACUGUUUUAGAUCAUUGCUGUUUCAGCCAUUUGCAGAAAAGCAUGCCUCUCUGGUAGGAAGCUGUUGUGUGCAUCCUGUGGAUUAUUCUGCCAGGACCAUGAAGUCUGCAAACUUGAGGCUUGUGUUUAAGAGCAGGGAAGUGGAGAGGGAAGAUACGUGACUGAACCCUGCUGUGAAUGGAUGGUAGCUCCUUCCACAGUCUUGAUAACCUGCUUUGGACUGCUGGCCUCUUCGUGCCUGCUAGAGAACCGUGCUUAAAAUGUUCUGAUCUCUAGAGCUCCUUUGGCUUCAUUCCUGAUCGGUCUCCGAUCCCUCUGCUAUCUCCUCUUUGUGUGGAGCUGCUUACGUUUUAAUAGAUUUGUCAGUCUUCAUAUUGCCUGAUUUUUGAGAUAAAUACAAGAUAGGUGCUCUUUGCACAUCAGGUUUGAAGGUUGCAUUCUAAAAUAGGGAAAUUCUAGAAAAAAAAGGCACUGAGGUAUCCUCUGUGUGUUCUCAAAAGCCAUUAAUUUGGUGACAGUCAAGCGGAUUCUCUUGCUCUUGCGUAUGCUUGUAGCCUGGUAGUAUGCUACAGCUGUGGCUAUUGUCUCUGUUAGCUCUACUGUCCUUUUUCUCUCCGCUCUGUUAAAAUCUGUUGGUCCUCCUAUAGAUCCCUUCUUCAGUGACCAACCUUCUAUAAAAGUCGUGAUUAUAAAGCUGCUUCGGCUUGAUUCAGGACCAAGCCUUUUAAUUCUUUGUUUUCUUUUUCUUUGUGGUCUGUUCGAGUGGAGAUGGUUGGGGUGGUUUUUACCACUGGGUAGCGAAAGGGCUCAGGGCUCAGUGUGUCCUUCAGAGGUUUUUGAGAGGUGUGCGUUGGCAACCACAGGUUCAAACACAAGUUAGUUACAUAACUCCAAAUAAUGCCUUAACUUGGUCAACGUAUUGCAGCUCAGCUUCUGUGGCUCACUAGACAGCGAGACCAGCUCAAUAAAACUAUUUAUCAGUAGUAACACGAGACCCACACCAAAACAUGGUUUUGAGUUGGAGCAGAGGAAGCAGUCAUUUUGCAAAGCAAUCCAUUUGAGCCUGUUGAAAGCAACUGACUAUUGGUGAAUAUGCAAUAAGUAAAGAAGCUCCACUUCUCAGAGUCUGGCCAAAGACCUGUCCUGUCGGCACAGAAACAGCCUGUCAGCUGAGCCUGGGUGAGCAGCCGGCUCUCGGAGUACCCGUUGUGACUAAAGAAUGGCAUAAGAGAACCUGGAAUUGCUGCUUUUUCCAGGUACAGCUCAGUUCCCAAUGUCUGCCUUUGGUCUGCAGUGCUGCACGUGGGUCCUCUGUGAUGGGAGGGUUGUUACCUGAGCUCCUUUAUGAGAAGGAGCCUGUAUCAGCCUGUACUAAAGGCUGCUGAUUGUCUCUCUUUUAAAAAAAAAAAAAAAAAAAAAAAAAAAACCAAACCACAAAAUCUUAAAUGGAUCUUCCUGCUACGGCAGCACUGUUUUUUGUCACCAAGAAUACAGAAGCUUAGUUUUCUGGAGGACCGGUUGAUCUUGGAGACAAGAGAGCAUGAGAAGUUACAGCUGAGAGCUACCUGCUGCUGGGUCACUCCUCUGGAUAAGAGGGAAAAGGGCUUAGGCCUAGAGGGGGUGUCUCAAGUUGAGUCUCGUGCUAUAAUUUUACUUUUUGGGAUCUACUAAAAUACCUGAUUUUUCCUUCACAAAUCUGAAAAGGCUUUUUUUCUUUUUUUUUUUUUUUUUUGUAAUAAUUAAGAAAAACCUUAACCUACAUAAAUACAUAUAAGCCUUAACUGUUGAAAAAGUCAAAGGAAAUACAUGGAUAAGGCUCUUCAGCGAUCAGAGGGAGAGCUGUGAUAGCUUUUUGACUUUUUCCACAGUUGCAACAAUACCUGCUAGGAUGGCCCGUGCUUUUGCCCAGAUGCAGCAGCUCCUGGGCGACUCGUGCAGGUUUCCAGACCUUUGGGAGGCCGGUUGCUUGGCCUUGGGAGGCUGCGUGUUUCGGGAGCCACCAGGUGGUCUUUCCAGUUCAGCCUUUUCAGAUGCGGAGCUUUCGGUGUUGCACGCAGUUGGCAGUGGCAGUGGUUUCUUUCCCGGGGUUGUUGUAGUACGUUGCUGGUGUGGAAGCAAGAGUGCCAUCAGGGAUUUCUCACCCUCUGCCAGGCACUGGAGGAGCAGAGUAGCCAACAUAUCCCAUCUGGUCCGAGAAACUGAGAAGUGGUGGAAAUUGCCGCUUUUCUCUUCCCAGUUGGCUGCCCUUGUCCUUCAGUCGAAACCGGUGCUCACCGCUUGGUGAACUGUGCAGUGUCACUUCUGUCCCAGAGACCUCUCUGAUUUCUAUCCUUUCACUCGAUUUGAUAGUCGUUUUGGAAAAUGCUGCCGUUGCGAUGAGGUAACGAGUUGUACAGAGCCGGUUAUCUGCUGCUUUGUUUUCCUCUGGCACAGCAGAAUUGCUGGAGCUGUGGGUGCCUGAGGAAUUCACCUCCAAGCACUUAAAAAAAAAAAACAAAAAAACAAAAAAACAAUUGCUUUGAAAACAAUGUUGCUGAAGUGUCUCCUUAUAUGCUGGGGUGCUGCAUUAGACGCCUCUUCCUCACACUGCACUGUCGUAUGCUGAGAGCAUUUGGGCGAGGAACGCAGGCGUGGGAGCAACUUUACCUGUGGGUGUAAGUGGGCUUCACGCUCACCUGCGCCCCGGGGAGAACUUGUUCCUUUUGCUUUGUGUACUGGAAACAUGAGAACUAUAUUUUUGGACAAAGCAUUUCUAAGCAGUCUUAUAAGGGAUUAUUUUUUUUAAGGAAAAAAAAAAAAGGUGCAAGAUUGAGUGCAUGUUUACUUGCCCCAGAUCAAAGGUUUUGAACACUAAGGUCACUAUCUGUUGAAUGGACCCUCCUCUUAGCCCUCUUCUGUCUUCAGGCAAUUGAAGCUCCUGCCCUCUUUCCCUACCAGUUUUACUGUAACUACUUUUUUUUUUUUUUUUCCAGGAGAAAUAUAUAUACAAAAAUUCUAAGCAAUUAAAUGUUCAAGCCAUAAAAUCAUGAGUGUGGGAAGACCCUCUUCACAAGUUUUAACAUAUUUGUAUGUAAAAUGAUGUUUGUAUGAAAUAUUUUCAUGGUAGAAUGAAUAUUUAAAAAAAAAAAAAAGUUCCAGUAAGAUCUCAACCAAAUUUAAAAGGAUGUCUUUUUGUAAGAUGCGAAGUUAUCAAUUACCAAUAAGUAGAUACUUUUUUUUUUUUUUUUAAAGGGGAGAUGCAACAAAUGAUCUUUACAAUUACAAAUGGUAAUUUCUGCUAUUUGGGAGAGUAUUUAUGCAGCGUUACACAUGGCUGUCAUAAAUAAUUGCAAUAGCAAGGCCAGUCACCUCUUCAGGACAUACCUCUCAGCUUGUCCCUCUGUGAUACUGUACAAACGGUCCCAUCGUUCCUUUCUGCAGAUUGCCUCCUAGAAAACUUUUCCUACUGUAACUGUACUGAAUUUAACUCUUGAGCUAAGAUCCAGACUAAAAUUGUGUAUUACUUACAGUUUCUGCUGGGCCUUCUGCUAUUUUAAUACUCUUUAGCCCAUAAUUACUGGGUGUCUCUGUUCUGAAGAACUAAGUGCUAAAGAAUAAUCCUUGGGGUAAGCUUAUACGUGUGUUAACAGUUAACCCCAGAGUAUUUAACUUGUAUACAGUACUUGAUAGGUGUUUUAUGACAUUUGUACUCGAACUAUGAGCCUUACUGAACAUCUGUAGGUUUAUUCAUGACUUUUAAAAAAUGGAUAACUCUAAGAAAGAUGUUUACAUGAAUGAUGAUUGCCCUUCCUUUGACGUUAUGAAUGAGGUUUUUAUAGUGUGUUUGGGUGUAUGUGCAAGGAAGUAAGAAAAAUGUUUCUGGGGAAAAAUAGACUUGACAAACAUUUGUAAUAAGUGAAUUUUAAAGAUUGCUUUAAUUGCGCUAUGAAGGCAAUGCAGAUAUUAAAAUAUUCAACAGAA